CUCUAUCAGUCAAAAUUUCACAUAAUCAGCAACAGAAUUUCAACUUCUCUCUUCUUUUUCUAUUUCAGUUGAUGGUGAAUAGGAUGGUACCUACUGGGUGGGUGUUUGGGAAGCUUGAAUUAGUUGAGUGUUAUUUUGAAGAAUGGUAUUACUUGGAUUGUAAGACUUGUGUGAAGAAGGUUAUAACCUUGGAUGACAAUAUGUUUCGUUGUGACUUCUCUAUCAAGAAUUAUUCAUAUUCUGUAAAGAGGUUCAGAUUUGUUGGCAACAUUGUUGAUUAUACAAGCAAUGCUUCGCUUUUGUUGUGGGAUAGAGAAGUUGUUCAGCUUACGGGGAAAAAGGUUACUGAUGUGGUUGGAAGUACUACUGAGAUCUCCAAUGGAUUACAUUCCUAGGGAAGUUGAAGAGCAACUUGUGGGUCAAAAUGUGUUGUUCAAAGUUCAACUCAGAAAUAGCAAGGAGUAUUAUCGUAAUUAUCCAUAUAAUGUUAUCAAAGUGUGUAAUAUCCCUAAAAUUGUUGAGAAACAGAACAUUGGAUCACAAAUUCUGUAGUUCUGAUGUGAAGUUGUCUGAUAUACUCUUUGGAUCCAAUAUUGCAGAGGUAACUGAUAAAGGUUUUGUUUCACCUGAUCUAUUUGUUGUAACUAAAGAGAAUGUUAAUGAAUGGAUUGCUGAAGGCAAUGUGAAGCGAUGCUUAGAUUUAGAAUUUGAUAAUUGUGAUGAUAUUCGUGUUGGUCAGAUCAAGAAGAAGAAGAAAGAGAAUGUGAUUGAAGAUGAUGAUGAGGAUCUUAUUAGCAACAGUCAAGAGAUAGCUCUUGGUGAUUAGAUUGUGGACAUUGCUUGGAGUUUUUCAGUUUUCCAAUCUCUUUUUUUGUUUUUUGAACUGAUCAGAAUAUUUAUCUUAGUUUGGCAUGGGAUGUGGUUGAUGGAUUAUGUAACUUAGUUAAUUGUUAUGGAGUUGUUGUUUUG